CUUCCUCCGAGCAUCCACGGCCAUCUUUAAUUCUCACUCAUUCAUGAAAAGUUGUUUCGCUCGUUUAAAAACUCCCCGACCGACACGUGUUCGCGGCCAGCGGCGUGGACGGGGCCGCGCGUGUUUGGUGCGUGUGCGCGUUGAGCAGAGAAACGCAAGACUGUCCGCCAAGAUUAUAAAACACCAACAGCGGCACAGCAGAGGAGUCAGUGGCGUCAAUUCAGUGGAAGCUAAGCCAAGGUGUGGCGGCUGCCGUAACUUGCCAUACCCAAUUGACGCCCCUGAGAGGAGUCCUCACUGCCACGGUGCCCUGCAGCUGUUAAACCGAAUGAGGAAGAAGCAGACGGCCAAACAGAGGAAGACCGAGGAGCCUUCUGUUGUGCAGGAGUUCGUGGUGGAGAAGAUCAUCCGCAGGAGAGUGUUCAACGGACGAGUGGAGUACUACCUGAAGUGGAAAGGCUUCACCGAUGCAGAGAACACGUGGGAACCUGAGGACAAUCUGGACUGCCCUGAACUCAUUGAGGAGUUCUUGAGAAACACUCAUUUCCCUGAAGGGAAUGAAGAAGAGCAAAGUGAGCAAGCGUUAAUUCCCAAAGAAGAAAUGACAGAGCAAGAGACGGAAAUUUCCUGUGUGCAGUCCCAGCAGCAGCUUGAGGCUGUGCAGAGCGACGGCUGCCCCCUUCGGUCAGAUGACAACCAGUCAGACGCCCCCACAGACCUCAGCACUUACCUCGAGCCUGAAUGCAUCAUCGGCUCCACAGACAGAAAGGGAGAGCUCAUGUUCCUCGUCAAAUGGAAAAACUCAGACGACGUCUCCCUGCUCCCGGCCCAUGAAGCAAGCGCCAGAUGUCCCCAGGUGGUCAUCGACUUCUACGAGCAGAAGCUGACCUGGCACUGCGAAGACGAGGAGCAGUAGAGGCCGUGCGUGGGUUGUGUGGAGAGGACUAACUCACGAACAGCUGCGCUCUCACCUGAAGCUUAGUUUAACCUCCAUCAAGCAUCCUCCACCAGCUGACAUUACAGGCGCAUCACGUGAAGUCAAGGAGUUUCCAGCUCUUGCAGGGGCGAGAUUAUUGGCGCAGGUUCAAUGUGAAGCGCGCUCAGCCGCCUGGUGCUCAGUAAGACCACUUUGCCUUUCGAGGGCACGGCAAUGGAGACUAAAAUGUAUCUAAAGUGCAGAGCAGCCGAUGAUUUGAGGCCAGACUAACCCCUUGCAGCUUUUUUCUUGUCAUUAUGUAGCAGACUCAAUCACUGUGGAUGUUUUUAUUUUUAAGAUAUUGUUAUUUGAAUCAUUGACUUUUGUAAAAUCCUGUUUAGCCUCAACAAUAUUCCCCUGGGAGGGUUUAGUGUGUUUUAUUUCUUGUGAUGCAGCCCCUAGUGAUGAACUUGCUGUCCAGUCUUUACCUGUAGCGCGAGUAGCUUUUAUUCAGAGCUCAAGAUGUGUGACGUGUUGGUUGAACGUUCAUGGUGUGAGGUGUUUAUUGCCCCAGGUUCUACCCUAUCUACUGUAUGUGUUAAAUAUACAAAAAGUGUUACCCAAUAGAAAUUUCAAACCUUUUUUUCAACACUUUUUCUCCUCCUUUUGUUUGAUCAUUCAUUCUGAAAAAGUCGUUUAGUUAUUUGGUGCUUUUACCCAAAGGGAGGUCUUGGUAGACUUAUUUAAAAUGUCCUGUUUCUAAAAGUAACUCUACUCCUGACAGCAUACACAUACUAAUACAAACCUUUGUACUCCUAUGGAAGGGAUGGCAGUUGUUAAAUGUAGCACUGUAGUUUUAAGACAGGGAAUUGUCACUAACUGCUAUUAUACAGCUCUAUUUACUUCUACCUGAUGGCACUGUCCUUACUCUACAUAUCUCCCAUGACUGUUAUGGGACACCCAGCUGAACCUUAAACACACCUGCUACUGAACUACUGUAACUGUUGACCAUGGAUCUGUGAAGUCUGAAUAAAAGAAGACUUUUAUGA